GCUCCUUCAACUCUGACCGACGGCUUCAUCAGACGGCAGCACGCGCGCGCCGCACCUGUUCCCGCCUUCAGACGGAAGAUGCAGGACCUAGCCGGUCCCCAUCGAGGCUCCCAAAGAGUCUUCAGCAUCCUGGAUCGUCUUCUUCUCACACAUCCUGUUUGGUUGCAACUGUCACUCAACCAGGACUCUGCGCUCUACAUCCUGCUGAGGGAGCCUGUUGGGACCUUUCUGGUGCGUAAAUGCGGCUCCACCCAGAGGAAGGUGUUGUGUUUGAGAGUCGCAGCGGCUAGAAGUGCUUCCUCCAUCAAAGAGUGUUUCAUCUGUGAGGAAGACUCCACAUUCGCCUUGGAGAGCUCCGCCAUCUGCUUCCCGGACUUAUGCAGACUGGUGGCCUUCUACUGCAUCAGCAGAGAUGUGUUGCCCUUCACACUGCAACUGCCAGAGGCAAUUGCCAAAGCCACGACACACAGACAGCUGGAGGCAAUUUCACAUAUGGGGCAAGAAUUCUGGAGCUUGCCAAGUUCUUCGGAGAACCAGAAUGGCCCACUGGACCAGUUUGCAUCAAGCAGCAGUGGCCAGAACCAGAUGGCUGCAGAGGGUCUGUGCAGCCUGAAGGCUGAAAGCAGCCAAAGCAAAGUCUGCUUCAUCAACCUGCUGUUUCUGCAGCUGGAAGUCAGCAAGCAGUCACAGUUAACAAACCACAGCGCCUCAAAUAAAAGGCAUCGCUUCAAACGCAGCAUGUGCCUCAGGCUCUCAGAGUCCUCCAUAAAUCUGUCUCUGGAGGGGGUCGGCUCAUACUCGCCCACACCCUCAGUGGAACAGCCUGGUGGGUCAGAGAGGCCAGAGAAGGUGAGCACAAACCCACAGAGGAGAGUUCACAGCGGGGCAGGCGUGCUGAGGAGAACCCCCGCCGUGUCGCCAGGCUCUGCAGAGGAAGAGGACAUGAUGCCUGUCAGCGUGUCACAAGUCGAUCCAUCUGCCAAGGUCAAGCUUGAAGACCCCCAGCAGGGAGUCCGGGUCCAGGGACCAGGCAAUGAGGCAGCGCUGCUGGCCCUGGACCGCCGCGUGGUCCCGUCUUUGGCCGAACUCGACAGCAACAGCUCCUUCAGCAGCAUGGAUGACGAGAACGACUCAGAUUCUGACCCAGAAAGCCUGACCCAAAUCCGAACGCAGCGCCCGCCCCUUAUGCGUUCACGAGGCCGCGGUGGGCUGCACCGUAUGAGUGAGGCGUUUGUGUGUUUCUUUGCCCCGGACAAGAGGCUCACGCGGUUGGUGGAGGAGCUGUCCAGGGAUCGGCGCUCCAUUUUUGGGGGAAUGGUUCAGGAUUUCCUCCUGAUGCAAAGAGAAGUCUUCAAAUCCCUGGCAGCGUCGUCACAGUCUUCCUCCUCACGUGUCACCUCCGUGCACCUCCUGCAGGGUCUGCGUGUCUUCCUGUCCCAGGCAAAGAGCUGUCUGCUGGACAGCGGAGAACUGGAACCUCCGGUGGAGACGCUGGUGCCAGAGAACGAGACAGACCUGGCGCUGGAGCGAGCCAUGUUCUCCUGUGUACUCAGGCCUUUGAGGGCCCAGCUGGAGAAAGCUUUGGCUGCUUUGCAUAACCAGGACGGCUCCACCCAGCGCCUCGGCCAGAAGCUGCUCCAGCUGAAAGGGGAGGGAGCCAUGGAGCGGCUGGGCAUGCGGACGGGCGUUCCGGAUAGCCGUGGGGUGGAGCGGGUCAGGCAGAAAAUGGUGAUGAUGCAGAGGACGCACUCGCCCAUCGAUAAGGUCCUGCUGCUGCUGCAGAUGUGCAAGUGUGUCCACAAGGCCAUGGGCUCGAUGCACGGACAGGAAGUGAGCUGGGAAGACUUCCUGCCUUCGCUGUCUUACGUGAUUGUGGAAUGUAACAGGCCGCACAUCCUGAUCGAGGUGGAGUACAUGAUGGAGCUGUUGGAGCCUUCUUGGCUGGGUGGAGAAGGUGGUUACUACUUGACCAGUGUGUACACCAGCCUGUGUCUGAUCCAGAGCCUGGACAAGGAGCAUCCUUUUCCAGGCUGCAUGGUACCAGAGGCCCAGGAAGCCCUGAAGGAGUGGAGCUGCAGAAGGAGCCAAGAGGCCCAGAGACAAAAAGAGAACCAGCAGAGCCAGAGGUGCGUUCGGAUACUCUUCCAGGAAGGGGAGCGGAGCGCCGUGCGGACGUUGCAGUGGAGGGCCGGUGAGACGAGCCAGGCUCUGGCGCAGCUGUGUGCCGCCACCUUCGGCGUGUCUGACCCACAACAGUACACUCUGUACUGGCGCAGUGGCGGCGAGAUGAGGGCCCUGCCGCCGCAGGCCCAGCCCCGGGACCUGGCUAGCCACAGUGAGGGAGGUCCCUCGCUGUCCUACUUGAGGACCGACCACGACUUCAGCAAGAUGAGGCGGCUCACCAGAGGUGGCGCUGUGGACCUGAGCGAGUCUGUGUGUGAGGAGUGAGUGGGUGGGCAGGAGAUGGGGGGGCGGGGGGGGGGGGGGGGGGAUGGUGGACGGGUCUGACUCUCGUUCUCUCCGGUGCUGUGUUGUUGGGACAUGAUGAGAAAAACUGAAACCUUUCUCCAAACUGGGAGCAGACCUGAAACUUUAAACCACAAACGAACCCCCGAACGGACCAACCGGACAGGCCCAACAUCGGGGCUGUUGCCAAAUGUAGUACUGUGUACCACAGUGCUGGCUGUUGGUGUAAAACGGAAAAGGUUUAAUCUGUGAAAUCAUGUAAGAAAAGGAUGUGGUUGUAAUUUGAAACAAGGAGCCGGAGUUGUACGCUGAAGACGUUACAUCAUUAAAAGCUGAGGAGGCUCCGAUCCAAAGAUUCUGUUGCCUGG